CCCAAAUCCCUAGCUUCCCAGCCCUGAACAGCUCUCGGAACCCUCCAACAUCAACACAAAGCGCCGGAACGAAUCUCUAUCUGUUUGCCAUGUAUCUCUGGUCCCCCAAGGCAGCCCAGGACGAGGCCCCACCCUUAGCCCCCGCCCCCGCCCCCGCCUCAACGACUACGAGGGCAACCCACACCAUCCCGCCGAGGGAGCGCGCGCCUAGCCUGGCCUCGUUGUCGCCCAUCGAGCCCCAGCACCCGGGGCGCCGCUUCGCCCAGAUCAUCAAGCUAAAGCCGGAGCACGUCGCCGAGUACAAGAGGCUCCACGAGGCCGUGUGGCCCGAAGUGCUGGAGCAGAUCAAAAAGUGCAACAUCCAAGACUACAGCAUCUUCCACGACCCCGGCACUGGGAUCCUCUUUGCCUCGUUCAGGUACCUCGGCUUCGACUACGAAGCCGACAUGGCCAAGAUGCGCGCCAACCCCGUGGUGCGCGAGUGGUGGAAAGUCACGGACAGCCUCCAGACGUCUCUGGUUCCCGGCGCCACCGGCAGCGAGUCUGGCGAGCCGUCCUGGUGGCUGCCCGUGGAAGAGGUCUUUUACCAGCCGUGAGCCAUUUCCCUGGCUCUGCUCUACUCCCGCUCUCGAGUGCGGGUAUGGUAUCCUGACUGGCGAUUUUGUGUUGUGUGUUUGGCGGACUGGUCUUUGUUACCACAGUAUUAGUGCGGUGCUACGUAUAGUCAGGUAUAACGCGUAUACGUAGUAUUUACCAACGUUCAAUUGGAAAGAA